AUGAAGAAUCGGAAGACUAAAAAACAUUAAACCCACUUAUAAACAAAUAGCCACGCUCUUCUUCAUUCAGGAACUAUAAUAGCUGAUAAGUUUAUAUUGUUGGAGAAAGUUGGAUAGGGUAGCUUUGGAUAUAUUUUUAAAACAGAGAAUAUCGAAACAAAUGAGAUAGUAGCUACAAAAUUUGAGAAGAGAGAGAAUAAAAGUACUAGUAAGGGAAGUUUGCUGGUUAGAGAAAUCAAAGUGUUGUUAGAACUAAGCGGAGUGGAAGGUAUUAUAAAUACUAUAAGUAUAAAGGUUUCCCAUAAAUUCAAUAUUAUGGAAGAGACGAAAAUUAUAAUUAUUGUAUGAUCACAUAUUUGGGCCAUAAUUUGGAAUACCUGCUUAGAAAAAGCAAAGGGUUUUCUCAACUGUCUUGUCUUAAAUUAUCUCUUCAAUUAAUUGAGAGAUUGGAAUCUCUACAUAGCAAAAAUAUUAUUCAUCGAGAUUUAAAACCUGAAAAUUUAGUGACUGGAUAUAUCGACACCCACAAUGUCUAUCUGAUUGAUUUUGGAUUAGCUAAAUAUUUCAAGGAUAGCAAUGGAUAACAUAUACCCUUAUCAGAUAAGAAGGGAAUCAUCGGAACUGCUCGAUACGCUAGUAUAGCAGCUCAUUAAGGAUUGGAAUAAUCUCGAAAAGAUGAUCUAGAGAGCUUAGGUUAUGUUUUAAUUUAUUUGAACUUGGGAAAGCUUCCGUGGAUGAAUCUCUAAAUUGCUGACAAACAUGAAAAGUAUAAAACUAUAUAUGAAUUGAAGAAAAAUAUAAAAUUAGAGUUACUAACUGAAGGACUUUCUAAGGUAAUCUGAAACAUUAUUUAGUGCUAUUUACUCUUACUGUAACAUGCGAAAUCAAGAGAAUUUUAAGAAUCACCUAACUAUGCAUUUCUUAAAGAUUAAUUUAAAAAAGCUAUCUCUGAAAAAGAAUGUGAGGAAUCAUUUUACAUGUUCGAUUGGGAAAAACUUGCAGAAGUGAAAAACAAAAAACUCAUACAUUAAAACAAAAUUGAUAAUCCUCCUGUAAUAAGAAGUACAAUCAAAAGAUCGUCGGCUGCUAUCGUAGAUCAACCUAAAAAAUAACUAUCUACUCAUUUAGUGCUUCCUGAACCAGAAAAUAUAGAAAAUAGGAGUCGUAAUGUAAAUUAUCAAAUAAUUAAAUUAGGGAGUUAGUAUGCAUACAUUAGGAACCUCUAAAAUGAUAAAUUAUCAAGCAAGCCAAAUAAAUAUUGUUGAAGUUGAUAAAUAUAGAAGAGUUAUGGAAUAAUAAUUACCAAGAGCCCAAAGGAAAAGUCAAACAGUAGUAUAACAAUAGUAAUAAGCUUUCUGCAAGGAAACUAGUAAACAUUUUCAGGAAAGAGUGAAAAGUAUCGAGUAAGUAGAAUAAGAGUUUGAAUAAUUCAAUGAUUUAGAUUUAUUAGCUAAGGAUGAUGCAAAUUUACAUUUCAAUAACAUAAAAGCUUUCUAUUUCAAAAAUUAGUUGUAUCAUUGA